GAAACAUGUGUUCAAAUUGAACAGUUCAAUAAAGAAAAGUGGAAAUAAAAACAAUUAUCUCACUUCUUUUUUUCGAUUUCUUUUACGUAGCUAAAUUCAAUUAAAACUCUGCAAAUCUUAUCAUAAACACGUGGUGAAAUUAAAAUAUAGGUCGCUCGAGCUAAGAACAUUUGCCACAUUUUAUAUAAAAUAUAAAAUGAUUGAAAAAAAACGGAAAUACAUAGAAUGGGAAUGUUCAUUUAAUUUUGGAGGUAUCAUAUUUUUAUGGACGUAUUUCACACUACGGCAGUAAUUAAAGCUAGAAACUCGCAAUUCUGUACAAUCACUCAUGUUUUAGCUCGAUUUAUAGCGUCAAAUGCUGUCGCGAUAAAUAGGCUGAAUUGUAGAAAAUUGAUGACCCCGGGAGCUGGCUGAUCAUCUAAAUAUGCAAAGAUAACUCAGCAUUUGAUAAGCAGCAAUUUAUCUCCGAUCUUACUAUUAGCAAUGGGAUCUCUGUCAGCGGACACAAGCGUGCAAAUCGCACUUAAUAAUCCAAUCAUUUUAACCCAAAUCCUCCUCCAACCCUUCACCCCUCUCAAAACGUGUCGCCUAGUCUCCAAAUUUUGGAACGAUAUCAUCCUCUCAUUUCCAAAUCCUGGCCUCGCCAUACAAUUGUCCUGUGCAGAUGGCAAAGUUCCCGAACCCGAUCCCAUCCAAUUUUUCGCCACGUGCUUCACCCUCGAUGCCCGACUCACGAAACGAAUCCACGCCACGUGCUCGACCCCCCUCGUGGACGCGACCCUUUGCGUGUACUCGUUCACCUCAAAAUUAAUCUUCCUCUGCGACAAAUUUUCUGACCGCGUCCAAAUUUUGGAAGUUUCCUUAAACGUGGAAAAAUGUUUGCAAUCCGUGUACCAAGUGCUAAAAAAUUGCUGUCCAAACUUAAGACAGUUGCGGAUCACGUGUACCUUUACAAAUACCCGGGUUACAAACUUCGUCCCGCCCGAGAUGCGGGAGGAGCUCGAAAAGAAGGCUAAUUUGGUCGUGUUCACCCUCAGUUCGAAUCGGGUGACGGAAUAUCUUACCACGUUUACGCAGUUGGUCGUGAAUGCAUCCGGGAAUUUGAGGGAGGUCACGCUUCCGUGGGGAUUCUGUCCGGAUUUUGGAAAUUCGAAGAAGCUCGCGUCCUUUACCAUAGCGAUGGAUGGGGUGCACUUCACCGACCCCGUUAGUCGGUCAGAUUUUAACAUCUCCAGAAUGAUAAAUCUCAUCGGGGGUAAACUUUUCACCCUGAAAUUCGCCAAUGUCGAAAAACCCAGCACCAAAAACCUCAAGUUGACCUGUGUCGAAGAUACUUUGAAGAAUAUUUGCAACGCGAACAAUAUUUUGGCAGGCGUGCGAAAUUUGUGCCUUAUCGAGAUAUACGAACCCAGCCUUUUGGGCGGCUUGAGGACGGCCUUCCCCAAUUUGACGAGGUUACAGGUGGACUUGUACUACCGAACGGGGAUCCGUGGUGGCGUGAAUGGAAUGAAGUUGGGCGUCGUUCUCCAAACGUGUCGGGGUUGGAAGGGUUUGAAACAUCUGAAAUUAUCGCUACCCGCGUAUCCGAACGAAAUCGGGGAUAUUAUCGGAGCCAUGUUGGAUGUUAAGGAGUUAUUCCACCGUCUAAAAACCUUCCAACUGAUGACGCACAGCUUGGCGCAUUCCGUAUUCGACUUGAAGAAGGAAGAGAUGGAUCUGUUUAAACAAUUCCUCAUGGCGAUCAGCAACAUGGAACGCGUCUCAAUUUCCAAGCUUUAUGUUGAUAAGGAAACAGCAGAAAAUGUGACCGGUUUUAUGGUCUCGAAUAAAAUGUCGGUGUCCAAGUUUAGCCUCAUAGAGCGACCUGACUACGAAGAUUAAUCUCAUGAGAGGAUAAAAAUCUACCAAGUGCAAAUUUACAUGAUUUAAUAGCAAUACAUUUUUAUAGUUUUGGAAACACGUUGAAUAAACUUUCACCCAAUGCAUUUGACCAA